GUAUCAUGGGGCAGAUAAGGACUACCUGAGGGUUUGGGUCUUUUACAACCUGCCUAACAGCAGGCAAUUUAUUAUGGAUUUAAACCAGACUUUGAUAAGAAAAGUGGGGCAAACUCAGCAUAGCUGUAGACCAGGAACUGAACAGGACGGCUGAACAGCUAUAGUUGCUAUGGAGACCAGGUGUUCGUCUUGAUGAGGAUGGAGUAGUUUAGCCCAUAUAUAUAGUUGGAUAACCAGAAUCAUGAGGGGAUGUCCUGUCUGUACCUUUGUAUACAUAGCUAAAGCUCUUGACUGGAAGACAUAAGGCUGAAGCAUCAGUGGCAACCAAAUAAUGUACUCUCAAUACAGUUCAGUUAUUAAAUUCCUGGAGCUUCCUUCUCCAGAUGAUUACCUGGAAAUACAGGAGAAGAUUGGUAAUGGUACAUAUGGGGAUGUGUAUUCUGCCAUUGAUAAGGAGACAGGUGAAAAGGUGGCAGUGAAAAUUUUGGAAUGCAUCCACGAAAUAAUAGAAGAGGUAGAAGAAGAAUACCUUAUUUUAAGGGAUUUUGGUGGAUGCUGUAAUAUUCCAAAAUUCUGUGGCCUGUACUUGAAACGCCAUGGCACAAACCCAGAGGAAGAUCAGUUGUGGAUGGCGAUGGAGUUGUGCAGUGGUGGCGCCAUAUCAGACAUAGUCAAGCAUCUACUGCGACAUGGCCACCACCUGAGUGAAGACCUGAUUGGUCAUAUUCUGAAGCAGACGAUGAUUGCAAUCAACUAUCUCCAUGACAACCACAUCAUCCAUAGAGAUAUCAAGGGAUACAACAUUUUGCUAACAGAAGAUGCUGACAUUAAAUUGGUAGACUUUGGUGUAAGUGGUCAUCUGAGCAGUCCUCUCGCCAAAAGAAAGACAUCAGUGGGAACACCAUUCUGGAUGGCACCAGAGGUAAUUGCAUGUGAGCAGCAGUUGGAUUCCUCCUACGAUAUACGGUGUGAUGUUUGGUCACUUGGGAUAACUGCCAUCGAGUUAGCAGAUGGUGACCCUCCCCAUUCUGAGUUACACCCUAUGAGAGUGCUUUUCAAAAUUCCAAGAAGCCCACCUCCUACAGUGCAGCAGCCAGAACUGUGGUCAGAUGAUUUUCUGGAUUUUAUAAGCUGUUGUGUGAUAAAAGACUUUACAAACCGUCCAUUUAUAAGAGACCUGCUGCAGCAUCCUUUCAUAAGACAAGUGCCCAGGGAUACAGCAGGGGCAAAAGCAGAAUUGAAAUCAUUGAUAUCUGAGACAGAAAGAACAAUUCACGAGCCAGAGAUCACAACAAAACAUGGCCGCCUGAAGUCUAAGCCUAUAUCCAGGAAAUCCACUAUGAAGACUGUAGAUGAUCUGGCUACCUUGGAAAAUCUGGAAGAGGAUGUGAUAGUAGAUCACCUGUUCCACAGAUAUACCCAAGGACAGAUAUAUACUUACAUUGGUGAUAUAUUGCUGGCUGUCAACCCCUUCAAGCCACUUACAGUUUAUUCUGAUCAGUAUGCACAGACUUACAUGAAUGCAGCAAAAAAGGACAACCCUCCACACAUUUACGGAGUUGCAGACCAAAGUUACCAAGCCAUGAUGCACAACAAACACAAUCAGUGUAUUGUCAUCAGUGGAGAAUCUGGAUCAGGGAAAACUGAGAGUGCCAACUUUAUGGUCCAGCAGCUCACCUUACUUGGAAAGGCUCCCAACAGGACCCUGGAGGAGAAAAUUCUACAAGUGAACCCACUGUUAGAAGCAUUUGGCAAUGCUCAGACUGUGAUCAAUGAUAAUUCCAGCCGCUUUGGAAAAUAUCUGGAAAUGGUGUUCACUCCAACUGGGAAAGUAAUUGGAGCAAAGCUUUCAGAAUAUCUUCUUGAAAAAUCCAGAGUGAUACAUCAGUCAGGUGGUGAGAAAAACUUUCAUAUAUUAUACUAUAUUCAUGAUGGGCUGCCAGUCCUGGACAAGCAGCACAAGUACCACCUUGAUCCCAACACGCAGUUCAGGUACCUCAAUGGCUACACUCCCUCAGAUGUAGCCACAGUGUCCAUAAACAGAGUUAGGUUCAAAACUAUUGAACACUGCUUUGAAAUCAUUGGCUUCAAAUCACAGGAGGUGACCUCCAUCCAUUGUGUCCUUGCCAGUAUUCUCCACAUAGGCAACAUUCAGUUCUGUGUUGCUGAGAAAGAGUUCCAGAACCAGUCCAGUAACGUGGCCAACCCUCAACUUCUGGAUAUUGUGUCAGAAUUACUGGGUAUUGACCCCAAUGAGUUGCUGGAAGCACUGACCACCAGUGGAAUGGUAGCCAGAGGAGAGGUGAUAGUGCGUCACAACUCUGUGGCAGAGGCUGUCAAUGUUCGUGACGCCAUGGCCAAAGCUCUGUAUGGCCGUCUGUUCAGCUGGUUGGUGAAUAGGAUCAACACGUUACUGAAGCCAGCACAGGCUGGAGACAAAAAUCAUCAUCUGUCAGUUGGAUUGCUGGAUAUUUUUGGUUUUGAAAACUUUCCUUCUAAUUCAUUUGAACAGCUGUGUAUCAACAUAGCUAAUGAACAAAUCCAGUAUUACUUCAACCAGCACAUCUUUGCCUGGGAAAUGCAAGAGUACAAGAAUGAGGGAAUUGAUGGAAGUCAAAUUAACUUUGUGGACAAUCGCCCUGUAUUAGACAUGUUCCUGGCCAAACCAUUGGGUUUGCUGGCCCUGCUGGAUGAGGAGAGCAAUUUUCCAAAAGCAACAGACCAAACUUUAGUGGAGAAAUUCCACCAGAACAUCAAGGCUAGCCAUUACAGCAAGCCAAAGGGGGACAACCCCAUGUUUGCCGUGGAACACUAUGCAGGAAGGGUUGAGUACGAUGUCCAUGGCUUCCUUCAAAAGAACAGGGACUGGCUGGCUCCAGAAACCCUCAAUCUUUUGAGACAAUCAGAGCUGUCACUUGUUAGAACUAUCUUCCAGAGUUCUCUCACUAAAACAGGCCACCUUUCUAGUGGCAAUAGCACUCCAAACACACUGGAGAGACCAAAGGGCUCCUCUACAUUUACUGAUAGCCUCAGCUCAAACUCUUCAAUACUGUCCAUCAAAAGUGGAAGUAGGCCAAGUUCUGUAAAUGCCAGUAAGAACAAGAUUCAGCAGACGGUGUCUACCUACUUCAGGUACUCCUUGAUGGAUCUGCUCUCUAAGAUGGUGGCAGGCACACCACAUUUUGUCAGAUGCAUCCGCCCCAAUACCUGUAAGCAGCCAGGUUACUUUGAUCCAGAGAAGGUGCGGAUACAACUGCAGUACACGGGGGUACUAGAGACAACGAAGAUCAGACGACAGGGCUUCUCCAACAGGAUUCCCUUUGCUGAUUUCAUGGCAAGGUACUAUGUGUUGGGAUUUAAUUGGAAGGAAAGGAAAGUUGUAAACAGAGAGAACUGCAAGUUACUACUACAGAGAUGUGGACUGAAGAACUGGGCAGUAGGGAAGACCAAGGUAUUCCUGAAGUAUUAUCACAUGGAGCAGCUGGCUCGGAGGUAUGAGGAACACAUCAGACAUAUAGUAAAGGCACAGGCUCAGGUGAGAAUGUACCUGGCCAGAGAGAAGUACCUCAGGACCAGGUGGGACAGGCAGAGAAGUGCACUGCUGAUACAGAAAGUGUUCAGGGGAUGGCUGAUAAGGAAGAGGUUCCACAGAGAGAGAGCACAGAAAAGACGUGCAGCCAUAGUGAUACAGACAGCUUGGCGAGGGCAUCAUGUCAGGAAAAAACAGCGCCCUGAAAUUGAGCGGCGACGUAAAGCAGCUGUGAGGAUCCAGUCAUUUGUACGAACUUACUUACAGAAGAGAAACUAUGUCAAGUACAGGGCCCUUACACACAGUAGUGCCAUUAAGAUACAAACAGCUUUCCGAGGGUUCUUUGCUCGAAAAUUGGUGAAACACAUGAGUGUAGACAGAAAGGAGAGACUGACCCGCUCUGCCAUUGUGAUACAGAAAUACUUCCGCAGAUGGAGAGAAAUGUCUCGGUACCAGCAGAUGCUAAGCUACAAGUCUCAGAAAGAGAUACAACUUAUAUAUUUUGGACAGCAGGUUGAGAUGCACAGUAAUGACAUGUUCAGAGUGCUGCAGAGAAACAACAUGGCUGUUACAGCAACAAUGUUACAAGAACAACAACAGCAGAGACUGCAACAACAGCAGAUGCGGGAAGAAUUACAAAGACAGCAACAGCAGAGACAGUUGCAACAGCAGCAAAUACAUUAUCAGCAGUUGCAACAACACCACAGACCGCAACAGGUACCUGCAUUUAGUGCCACUGUGUCUGUGCAGCCAAGGGCACCUGUGAGCCCACCCCCUCCCCCACCCCCACCCAUGCCCCUACCAGAGCAGGUUGGGGAAGAGAGAGUUGAGCAAGUCGGCAGGAUGAGGACACAUAAGGUGCCAUGGGGAGGUUGCCUGCAGUACUAUGACAAACUGACAGAACAAAGGAGAGUAAUACAAACAUCAAGUGAUGAUGCAAGAAGGUCAAAAAGGCAUUUAAAAGAGGUCACUCCAAAUGAUAGCAGUGGAGCCUACUAUGACAGCAUAGUACAGCAGAUUCAGACCAGAUCUGAGAAAAAAAUCUUUGCUAGUAAGAAUCGUGAUAGCGGAUCUUGGGAUCAGCCUUUAGAGGAAGCCAGGAGAAGAGCACUGUCCUCAGAUUCAGAUGAUUCAAUAGUUUACAGUGGAAAUAGAAAGACCUCAGAUAAUAAAUCAGGAAGCACUCCUUAUAUUGUAGAAUCCCCACCUUCAUCAGUGGGGUCACCCUCCUCUCCUGUCUCACCCCCUUUUAAUCCCCAGGAGCAAAGCUUUGCCUGGGAUACAGUUAAUGUAAGAACAAUAGAUUCAGAUCCUUCAAGCUUCGAACAUCGCAAAGGUAGUGGUCAGUCAUCUGGUACAUCUGAAUACAGAGAGCGUUCAGAAAGCACAGCAUCAGAAUUUGUAUACAUUCAAAAGUCAAACCCAGUAUCACCUGUUCUUCCAACAAAGUCCAUGGCCAGAGACAGAAAGAACAGUGUAAGUCAGAAGGAGACUGUGAGAGUCGUGAAGCUGGAAAAGCAUGGGAGCCAUGACCAAGGUGGGGACACCCUGAAUAGGCAGGCCACUUACAGUGUGCAAAAGAGCAACAAGGUACUUGUAAAUGGUGCUGAAGUGAAGAGAGCCACCUUAGAAAGAAAAGCAAGUGCCAGCAGAGUAUAUGUUGGGGGUGGAGGAAAUCAUGAAUCAGCUGACAGAAAUAACGGCAGCCACCAUUCUGCUCCAGUGUAUUCUGCAGUGUACCGACAUGCUCCAACACAUGGAAGUCCCACUUACUCCACAUAUGGCAGACCCAGUGGCAUUCCAAUGGGAUUUGAAGGCUACCCUGACCCAGUGUAUUCAAGACCUCAGGUUAUUCCUAUGGGUUAUAGCAGUCCACCGAAGAGUAAUAUGAAGGGAGCUAGCAAAGUCUAUGUUGGGCCUCAAAGUCCCCCUUCGCAUGACUGGAGGUCUUCCAAUAACAGUUCUAAUAUUUAUGAUGAAGUCCCAAUUCAGAGACAAAAUGGAGUUCAUAUGCAAGAGGGAAGCCAUCCUGCAGACAGAAAUUAUUACACCCACAGUAACAGAAAAGAAGAGAGCUAUAGAAACAGAGUUAGAAGUGGGAGUGUAGGAUCAAGGCCUACAGCUACUCGACCUCAAAGCCCUACGAGGAUCUAUGUACCGCCCCCUAGUCACCCACAGCCGCCUGUUUACAAGUCGUCUGCAAUUGUGUAUGUGGAUGGUGGAAAACCCUUUAAAGGCAGAAAGAAUUCUACACAUGAUGGUGUAACCAGUGUGUAUGUUGGUGGCUCUAACGGCCAGAGAAAAGAUGUGAGACUAGGCAAACCUACUGUGAUCAAGCUGGACAGUACCAGUAAUGUCCAGGUGGACUCCAUGGACAACGUCCAGCCUGUGAGAAAGUCCUCCAUAUCCUCCUCUGCGAAAAAUGGACACAAAUCUCCAGAAAAUCAUGUUCAUUUUGCUGAUGAAUGCAUUUCGACCAAUGGUUAUCAUGACUUCCGUGCACAGCUGCGAAAGACAGGCAGAGCCCCAGAUGAAGCAAAGGGAACUUUAAGGAGAAACCACGAAGGACACGAAGCUCCGCAACAGGAUUUUCGAGGCGUCCUUAAAUCAGCUGGAGGAAAACCAGUAGGAAGAUCCAAUAGUCUUCUUGUCAGGAGGUUAAAGACAUAAACUACUUCAUUUUUUUUAUUAAUUUGAGGAAGCAGCAUUCAAGACCUCAGGGUUGAAGGGCAUUGAGAAAUCCUUACAGGUUGUGAAAUUUUUCAGAGCUUUAUCUGUGAGGCAUGAUUUCAUGUUUCUUUUGUCAUAUACAUGUACUAGGGCAACAACAGUGUAUACAUACACCUAUCUAUAGAUAUAAACCUUUAUUGCAUAAAUAAAUUGUAUAUAGAUAUUAUAAUUUCAAGGGUUUUAUUUAUACCACAGUGAAUAAUAAUUAUACUGCUGCUUCCGUAUAAACAUCACAUGAAGGUUUUAUUGUGAACUGGUGCUUCAAUGUUAAUAAAAAAAAA